UCUAUUCAUAGAAAGCGGUAUCCUGUCUGCGACGUCAGCAUUUUUGACCAACUCUGCAGCUACUUGGGAAGACUUUCAACUGUGAAGUUGGACAUUUUUCAAAAAUGGGCUUUGUGAAAGUCGUUAAAAGUAAGGCCUACUUCAAGAGAUACCAGGUGAAAUUCAGGAGAAGGCGAGAGGGGAAGACUGACUACUUUGCCCGUAAGCGCCUGGUCAUACAAGACAAGAACAAGUACAACACUCCCAAGUACAGGAUGAUCGUGCGGUUCUCCAACAGAGAUAUCUGCUGCCAGAUUGCUUAUGCCAAGAUUGAGGGUGACCAGAUUGUCAGUGCCGCCUACUCCCAUGAACUGCCAAAGUACGGCAUCACAGUGGGACUGACAAACUAUGCUGCAGCCUACUGCACAGGCCUACUGCUGGCUCGCAGGCUGCUGAACAAGUUUGGUCUGGACCAGGUGUAUGAGGGCCAGGUGGAGGUGACGGGAGAUGAGUUCAACGUGGAGAGUAUAGACGGCCAGCCGGGGGCCUUCACGUGUUUUCUAGACGCCGGGCUCGCCAGGACUUCGACGGGCAACAAAGUGUUCGGAGCACUAAAGGGCGCCGUCGACGGUGGCCUCUCAAUUCCUCACAGCACAAAACGUUUCCCAGGCUAUGACAUGGAGAGCAAAGAGUUCAACGCAGAGAUGCAUCGCAAACACAUCAUGGGCAUGAACGUGUCGGACUACAUGAGCUACCUGAUGGAGGAGGACGAAGACGCCUACAAGAAACAGUUCUCCCGCUUCAUAAAGAACGGCGUCACGCCAGACACAGUAGAGCAGAUGUACAAGAAAGCACACGCCGCCAUUAGAGAGAACCCAGUCCACGAAAAGAAACCCAAAAAAGACGUCAAGAAGAAGAGGUGGAACCGCGCCAAACUCUCGUUGGCACAGAGAAAGGACCGCGUUGCCCAGAAAAAGGCCAGCUUUCUACGAGCACAGGAAGCAGAGGCGGCGGAUGGUUAGAUGGACCACUGGCUUAAUAAAUGUAUUGCAAAUGA